GGGGCGGAGGGGCGCUAGCAAGAUGGAGGCGGCUCAGGAGGCAUCUGUCCCAGUGAAACUGAGUCGCAAAAAGUACAGGGCCGCCCUGAAGAAGGAGAAACGAAAGAAACGUCGGCAGGAACUCGCUCGAUUGAGAGACGCAGAAAUCUCAGAGGAGGAUGAGGAAGAUGACACUUUGACUGAAGAACAACAACUAGAAGAAGAGAAGCUGUUGGAGAGAGAGAGGCAAAGAUUACAUGAGGAGUGGUUGCUGAGGGAGCAGAAGGCGCAAGAAGAAUUCAGAAUAAAGAAGGAAAAGGAAGAGGCAGCUAGAAAACGGCAGGAAGAACAAGAGAGAAAGUUAAAGGAAGAAUGGGAAGAACAGCAGAGAAAAGAGAGAGAAGAGGAGGAGCAGAAACUACAGGAGAAGAGAGAAAGAGAGGAAGCUGCGCAGAAGAUGCUGGAUCAGGCUGAAAAUGAGUUGGAAAAUGGUGCCACAUGGCAAAACCCAGAACCACCCAUGGAUUUAAGAAUAAUGGAGAAAGAUCGAGCUAAUUGUCCAUUCUACAGUAAAACAGGAGCUUGCAGAUUUGGAGAUAGGUGUUCACGUAAACAUAAUUUCCCAGCCUCGAGUCCCACCCUUCUUAUUAAAAGCAUGUUUACAACGUUUGGAAUGGAGCAGUGCAGGAGGGACGACUAUGACCCUGACGCCAGCCUGGAGUACAGUGAAGAGGAGACCUACCAGCAGUUCCUUGACUUCUAUGACGAUGUGCUACCGGAGUUCAAGAAUGUGGGGAAAGUGAUUCAAUUCAAGGUCAGCUGCAACUUGGAACCUCAUUUGAGGGGCAAUGUGUAUGUUCAGUACCAGUCGGAAGAAGAAUGCCAAGCAGCCCUCUCUCUGUUUAACGGGCGAUGGUAUGCAGGACGACAGCUUCAGUGUGAAUUCUGUCCAGUGACCCGGUGGAAAAUGGCCAUUUGUGGUUUAUUUGAAAUACAACAGUGUCCAAGAGGAAAACACUGCAACUUUCUUCAUGUGUUCAGAAAUCCCAACAAUGAAUUUUGGGAAGCUAAUAGAAACAUCUACCUGUCUCCUGAUCAGACUGGUUUCUCCUUUGGUAAAAACUUGGAGAGGAGAGAACGGAUGGGCCACCAUGAUGAAUACUAUGGCAGGCCCAGGAGAAAAAGAAACCUUAGUCCAGAGUAUUCCUACAUAAGAAAUGGGGAAAUUGAGAAGAAAAGGAGAAGUACUGACAGGGGAAAGAGAUCUCACAAACAUACAUCAAAGAAUCGUGAGAGGCACAGUUCACGAAGUAGAGAAAGAAAAAGGGACCACAGCUGGGGCCGGAGCAGCCGAAGCCAAAGCCAAAGCCAGAGCCAGAGCCUCAGGAGCCGCCAGAGCCAGAGCCAGAGUUCUUCUAGGUCCAGGAGUCGUGGCAGGAGAAGAUUUGUCACCCCACUUCCCCUGGGUGACGGAGCUGCAAAGGAUUACUCAAAGCCCAUCUCUACUGAGCAGUGAGAAGCCCUGAACUUCCCUGGAACCCUCCAGCAAGAAGCAUCCCUUCCUUAGGAAAUUAACCCCAAGUUGGGGUUUUCUUCCUGCAUUUAUUUUCCGGACCAGGAAGUUACAGGAAGAGAACAUAGGUGGGGUUAUAGUUUAACAAUAUAGGCUGGUAACUUUCUGUGAAACAAGUCAGAUGACAUUCCCUUAGACAAUUAAGUGAUCCACCAACAAAAGUUUGAUCUUAGCAAACAUUCCUUCUCCCUCCAGCAAUUUUCCAGUAUCUAUCUUUACACAUCAGUCAGUAACUAGUCUGUCUUUGAGCCAGCAACCUUGCUGUGUUAGAGAUCUUACACCAAAGACUUUAUAGCCUGAGGAAAAUUUCCAUUCCUCCGCAAGGUCAAUAUUUGAAACUGCAAGGCUUUGGAAAACCAGGCCCUGUGAAGUACAUUUGCUUUAAGAAUCCUCUACCAAAAUCCAACUUAUUCCACUCUAAAUGUGUGCUUUACCCUAAAAAUUACUGAAAACUUCCAGAACUAUCUACCAGGUUCACUAAUGCUGAAUAAUUAUCACUAAAAUCAGUAUUUUUCAGUACUUUUCUAAAUAUAGCCCAGAUAUACACAAUUAAAUGUGGUAUGCAAAGCUGAAAACAGAUGCUCCUUGACUUAUGAUGGGGUUACAUCCUGAUAAACCCAUUGUAAGUUGAAAAUGUCGUUAAGUCAAAAACGCAUUUAAUACACCUAACCUACCUAACAUCAUAGCUUAGCCUAGCCUAACCUAGCCUACCUUAAACAUACUCAGAACAUUAGUAUGUUCUACAUACUAAUAAUGUAAUGUUCUUACAUUAGCCUACUUAGCCUAUAGUUGGGCAAAACCAUCUAACACAGGGCCUAUUUUAUAAUUACAUGAAUAGCUCAUGACAACUGGUAUUUCAGUGACUUUUUCCCUCAAAUGUUAAUAGGCAGUGUGGUAGGGAGGGAAGGUUUUUAAACCACUGGUUCAUUAUUCUGAUAAAUGUACAUCUUGAACUUACUGAAUUUAUUAAUGUAUUUUUGUACAUAUAACAUGAAUUACUAUUUAUGAUCCAAAAAUUACAACUCUACAUUGCUAGCAGAAGCCCACAGGGAUAUUUUCAGUGAAUAGUUGCAUGUCUGAGGCUCUUUAAACCUAUGUCUUUUUAAAAAAAUUUUUUUUUCUGUUCAUCCAGUUAGGGGGGCAGGGAGGAGGGAAUGAGAGGAAUCCAGUUGAUUUGAAUACUCUUGAUUACCUGAUAAUUAGAUAUUCAUUCAUAAAGAGUAAAGUCAAUUGCAUCAAGGUUUUAAAAGCGGCAUUUAUUGAUUGAAAAUAAAUGUGUAGAUAAGCUC